AUGAUCUUUGUGGCCUUCAGCACUCAAGAGGGUGUAGACAGCGCCUUAGGCUUCAACAAGACCUUCUUCAAUGGCAUUUACAUCGAGGUGAAGGCUGCCGCCGAGAAGUACGAGGCCAAAAGAAGCAAUGACGACUUGACCGUGGUGGUGAAAGGCUUCCCCGAAGACACCGCCGACGAAGCCUCCUUGAGCGCACACUUCGGCUCCUGUGGCGAGGGCCCCGUGCGGGUGAACGUGCCGCGACACCGGGAUACUGGGAACGUGAAAGGUGCGGCUUUCGUGGAGAUGAAAGACGAGGAAUCCUUGAUGCAGGCCCUCCAGCUGGACGGCUCGAGCUUCCUGGGUGCACCACUCACGGUGCGGAGGGCCACGGAUGCCAUCGAGAAGGGCGCCGGGAAGGGCAAGCGAGACAAGGAGAAAGAGGACGAGGUGAGUGUGGUGGUGAAGGGUGGCUUGGCGAAUGGCUUCAUGGUCUGCGGGGAAGUGGUCCGGAUCCGCCUGCCGCGGGGGAGCGACGGCUUGCCCAAAGGGACGGCUUUCGUUCAGUUCAGCACGGAGGAACAGGUGCAGAGGGCACUGGAGCUGGAUGGCCAAGAUAUCUUCGGCUCCGGCAACAUCAGACGUGUGCAUCGGGCCAAUGAAAAGAGGAAGGACCACAAGGACAAAGAGAAGAACGAUGAUUUCACUGUUGUGGUGCGGGGACUUCCAGACUGGGUUCAAGAAACGCAGUUGAAGUCUGACUUCGGCAGCUGUGGGCCCUUAAAGCGAGUCUCCGUGCCAAAAGACAACAAUGGCAAUGGCAAAGGAUUCGGCUACGUGCAGUACAAGAGCGACGACGCCGUGAACCGCGCACUGGAAUGGCACAACACCUGGUACAAAGGUGUCCAGAUUACCGUGGAAAAGCUUGGUGCUGACAAAGGAGACAUGGAUGUGCUGGGAUGUGCUGCAAGAUGUGGACGUGGGCGCGGAGGACGGCGUGACCGGAAGGAGCGGCUCCCGGAGGGGCCCACCGUGAAUGUGAGCGGCCUGAGCUACGAGGUCGAUGAUGAGCCACUCGGAUGGACUUUCGAAAGGAUGCUGAAGCAAGCCUUCGCAGCCUGUGGAGAGGUCGUGGCCUGCAGGGUGAACAUUAGCAACAAGGGCCGUUCCAAGGGAAAGAGUCGUGGAACAGGCUUGGUGGUCUUUGCGACCGAAGAGGCCCAAAAGAAGGCCGUGGAAACCAUGGACCAGAUGGAGCUCUCGGGGCGGACGAUCACCGUGAAAGAACGAGCUGAAGAGGCGAAGUUGGACUUCAGUGCGCUGGAAGGAGAGGGUGACAAGACUUUGCUGGAGGAAGAAGAGGAGGAUGACUGGGAGAACUUCGAUUGGGAAGAUGCCUCGGACGACUCCGACUCCUCCGACGAGGAUGAUGAGGAUGAUGACUGGGAUGAAGACGAAGAUGAGGAAUAUCGGGGCAAUGUGGUGGGCUUAGGUUCACCGUUUCCACAAAUGGUAGACAGAUGGUGUAACGGAAACAUCAAAUCAUCACCAGAGACCUCAGAUGUUUCUGUUUUGCCCUCGCAACCUAUGGAUGUCGCGCCGGCCAUGCCCAAACAGCCUGCACUGCCGGACCAGUCUGCGGUGCCUGGGGCGGAUGCAACAGCACCUGUGGCCGCGGCGCCUGAGCAGUCGAUGGAGCUGGGACAGGUCACAGGAAGUGCCUCUGAGCUGCCACCAGUGCAACCAGCGGCCAUCAUGGAGGCGCCCACCAGCGCGCCGGACACUGUGGUGGACACUGGGCCGGUGGCGGGCGCCGCUAUGGAACAUCCGGUGGCUGCCAUCGAGGCUCCCGCGCCUGCCAUGGAGGCUCCAGCGAUGCCCAAGCAGCCGCUGGAGGCCAUUACUACAAGCAACAAGAAGCUUUCAUAUCCACGCCCUUUCUCGUUCCAAGGCUCCGAGCGAAAGGAGGAGAAGAAGCGUAGCCGCAGCCGGAAGCGCAGCCGCAGCCGAAAGCGGAGCCGCAGCCGGCGACGGCGCCGGGUGGUGCAGGAAGUGGAGCUCACCACACAAGAGGAGAUCCUCAUCACAGACCCGGAUGGGCAAAAAGUGGAGCCCGUCGCCUUCAACACCUUCGACGAAUGUCCCUUCCCUGACGAGAUCCGGGACGAGGUGAAGCGGUCGGGCUUUGCUAAGCCCAGCCCCAUCCAGAUGUACUCCUGGCCGCUGGCGGUGCAGGGGAAGGAGAAGUGUGAGUUGAAGGAUAGUGACAUCAUUGGAAUUGCCACCACCGGGAGCGGAAAGACCGUGGCCUUCCUCUUCCCGGCCUUCAAGUACAUCAUGGAGACGAAUGCCAAGGCGGACAAUCCCACUUUGCUUUGCCUGUCUCCUACACGCGAGCUUGCGGUGCAAGUGGAAAAUGAGGCCCACAAAUUCGGCAAACACUGUGGCAUCGUUACGGUGUGUGUCUAUGGAGGUGUGGGCAACAAGAGGGAUCAGGGUCGUGACCUGGCCAAGGGCUGCCAUUGUUUGGUCGCCACACCAGGGCGGCUGAACGAUUUCGUCGAAGGGAAGGAGGUGAGCUUGGCCAACGUCUCCAAGUUGGUGGUGGAUGAAGCCGAUCGAAUGCUGGAGCCUGGGCAGGACAUGGGCUUCGAGCCUCAGAUCCGAAAGGCUGUGAAAGAGGUGAAGGACGACGGACACCCACCGGGUGAAGUCACACAGCGGCAGACCCUCUUCUUCACCGCCACAUGGAAUACCAAUGUUCAGAAGAUCGCCAGUGACUUUGUGAACAGGCCCUAUCAGGUGAAGAUUGGAAGCUCGGAGCAGCUGAAGGCUUCGGAGAACAUCAAGCAGGUGGUGAAGAUUGUGGAUCCGGACAAGAAGGUCCGCCAUUUGACCAAGCUCUUCCUGGAAUAUGAUAUCUCCGAGAAGGGCCGGGGUGAAAACCGAGCCAUGAUUUUCUGCAACACGAAGAAGACCUGCGAGCAGCUGGAAGAUGGCCUGAACCGUGCGCGGGUGCGAUGUGAUUCCAUCCAUGGUGACAAGGAGCAGAAGGAUCGCGAGCGGGCUUUGAAUGACCUGCGCGAUGGCUACACCAAGAUCAUCUGCGCCACAGAUGUGGCUGCCCGUGGUCUUGACGUGAAAGGCGUAACCUUAGUCAUCAACUACGACCCCCCGAAGAAUGCGGAGGAGGGGUGCCAACUUCCAUGA